UUUGAAUCUGUCCAAAUGCAAACGGUAUCAUGUUGUCGUUCACGUUGUGCGCACUUCUGCUCCUUGUGAGCGGAAGUUCUCUUGCCGCAAUUUACAACAAGGCCUGGUGGAAAAACACAGUUUUCUAUCAGGUUUAUCCCAGAAGCUUGCUCGAUUCGAACGCCGAUGGUGUAGGAGAUUUACCGGGAAUAACAUCCAAAUUGCCGUAUUUCGUGGAAAGUGGUAUCGAUGCGAUCUGGCUAUCACCUAUAUACACAAGUCCCAUGGUCGACUUCGGAUACGAUAUCUCCAACUUCACCGAAAUCGAUCCAAUUUACGGCUCUCUAAGCGACUUCAAGACACUUUUGGCGCGUGCUAAGGAACUUGGUCUAAGAGUAGUCUUAGAUGUUGUGCCGAAUCACACAUCCGACAAACACGUCUGGUUCCAAAAGGCUCUUCAAGGUGACGAGAAGUACAAGAACUAUUUUGUGUGGGCAAACGGUACAAACAACGACGGUGUAACGCCACCCAACAAUUGGAUCAGUGUUUUCAAUGGCCCAGCGUGGACAUACGUCGAGUCACUGAAACAAUGGUAUCUUCAUCAAUUCGAAUACAGACAACCUGAUUUGAACUACGUCAAUCCCGAAGUGAAAGAAGAAAUGCUAAAUGUUUUGAAAUACUGGUUGGACUUGGGUGUUGACGGAUUCCGUGUCGAUUCCGCCGGGUUCAUUUUCGAAGAUUCACAAUUGAGGGAUGAGCCUAGGUCCUACGCACAAGACGCUACACCGUACGAUUACACAUAUCUAGACCACGUUUAUACUUUUAAUGACCAACGUAAUUACGAGUUAUUCGGAACAUGGCGGCAAUACGUAGACCAGUACGCUGAUGAACGCAAUGAGGAUCAGAAGUUAAUAAUAAUAGAGGCGUAUACCAGUUUGGAAAAGGCAAUAGAGUUUUACAAAUACGAUGUCUUGCCCUUCAAUUUCGAGUUUAUUCGAAAUAUAACUAAUGAGUCAUCCGCUCUGGAUUACAAAUAUGAAAUAGAUCUCUGGAUGAACGCAAUGCCGGAUGGCGAAGUCGCUAAUUGGGUGUUAGGAAAUCAUGACAAUCCGCGCGUAGCUUCUCGUUUUCCUGGCAGAUCGGAUCAGAUGACCAUGUUGUCCAUGAUCUUGCCAGGCAUGGCGGUGACGUACAACGGUGACGAAAUCGGCAUGGUAGACAAGAGAGACAUUACCUGGGAAAACACGCAAGAUCCUCAGGCGUGUCUCGCCGGCAAAGCUUCGUACGCGACUAUAUCUCGCGAUCCCGAACGCACGCCGUUCCAAUGGGACGCGACGAAAAACGCAGGUUUCAGCACGGCCAACUCGACGUGGCUGCCGGUGAAUNAAAAUUANAAGGAAUUGAAUUUGGCAAACGAAAAGGCGGCCAGCGAGUCGCACUACAAGAUCUACACGACUUUGACUCAGUUGCAUAGAACGGAACCAGCUCUUAGGGAAGGAAGCUACCGAUCGAUUACAACGAAUGAUGACAGCGUUCUUGUCAUUAUUCGAAACUAUGGUUUGCGCUACGUGCUGCUUUUGAUCAAUUUCAGUGACCAGAAGAACCAAACCGUAAAUUUAUCGAGCGAAAAGCUUCCGGCUGUGUUUAAAGUAAAGGUUGCCAGUUUGAAUUCCGGUGUGAAAGAAGGAUCGCUGGUUUUCUCGAACGAGAUAUAUCUGCCUGCGAAAGCUGCUAUAGUCUUAACAUUUCCAGUACUCUUUUCAUGAUAUGCUUGUUUUCGAUGGGAAUAAUUUCGCUUUUUGAGGAUUCUGUUGUCAGAGCAAGAAAAAUAUGAAAAAUUUUGAUCAAUCAGUUUUACAUAAGCAAUAGCUAUUACUAGAAAUUUUUUAUUAAAUAUAGAUGGAGGUUGUAUGUAUAAAUUGUAAUUUUUUUCUUAGAAUACAAGAAAAUAUAUGAUAAACGUAAUCUUGAAAAUAGGUUAAUAUAAAACCUACGCUUCCAUUAUCAAGUACAUUCUAUAUGACUUCUACAGUAGUAAAAUAAAGCAAAUAUAAAAACUCA